AUGGCGGAAUCCAGAUCAAAUGAUCGCCGCCCUCCUUCGGGCUAUGAAGAGGACUUUGUGGAAGAAGUUGAAGAAGAUUUUCAAUGUCCCAUGUGUCAUUUACCGCUAAAGGAGCCAGUCCUUACGAGAUGUGGCCACAGAUAUUGCAAAGAAUGUCUUGAAAAGCACAUUGGAAGGUAAGAGUUAACCAUAGGCAGCUUUCAGUAUUGUUGUUCGUUUACUCACUUAAUCUAAUCACCCUAGAGAAUUCAUGACAAGUCAUCAGUGUGUUUCAACCGAAUUAGAUCACUAGCAGAGUCGAAGUUCAACUAAUUAGAGAAUGGUGGUCGGUGACAUGAUCUUAAACAUCAAUUGCAAUGAUAAUGACCACUACAGAAAUUUACUUGGUGAUGCAAUUUUUCAAUUUCUAAAUUGCAUUCGAUUAGUUUCAAAUAUGCGCCCAAUUUCCCGAGGAACGAAACUAGACACAUUUUCCUAAUUAUCAAAGGUAAUGAACGGGUUUCAUACUCAUUUGUCCCAAGAGCAAAUUGCCUUAGAAUCGAAGGCGGAAAUCUGUAGUUCAUGUAUGUACUGUAAGAGCGAUUAAGUUUGAAUUUUUUCUUCACAUUCUCUAGUUUGUGCUUUAAGCGAUGCGAUAUUGUUAGACUUGUCUCACUAUUUAAAGUUUCAGUUUGCCUUAUCUUUCACACGAGACUUGAUUACUCGGCCACAAAAUUACAUGAACAUAUAGACGUAUGUUAUGUAUACCUUGUAAAUUGUGUUGUUCGAUGAAAUAUGUUCUCUCAGAAAAAUUCCUAACAACAGCUUGGCACAAUGUUUAUAGCUAAGGGCUGAAUAUUUUUCUAAAGACACAAAACAGAUGAUCGCGUACCUUCGUUUCCGUGUUUAUCCCCCUAAAUAUCUUGUUUCAAUGAUGUAGAUUCUAUAUGUUGGUGUGGAAGCUGAUUUAGUAACUGUCGUUAUCAAUGUUGUUUUGUGUUUUCGACUGUGUUGAAUUAAAUAAAAGUGUUGUUUGAGAUGGUAUAUGAGAAUAUUUCCAGUACCUGAAAUAUUUGUACAUCGAUUGACGAUCCCUUAACCGUUGAAAUAUUCAAAAACUCAUUUGAAUUCUGUCAUUUUAAGGAACUUCUAUUCCCACUUGUUGACUCGUUUUUUUGCUCGCGAUAAAAAAGAGUCUUUCACCUGCCUGGUAGACAGGCAAAAUCUGGACCCAAACCGGGUAAGUAAACUUUUUAACUUCUGAAAACUUAAGAAUGAUUUGCUUACUGAGUGCAGUUAACCCCUUAAUUCCCAAGAUCUGAUUGUUAAUUCUCUCAUCUGGCUGUCGCACAUUUCCUUGUAACUGAGUUACAAGAAUUUCGUGUUAGAUCAUGACAACAACUUCUAACUAAUAAGUUUAAUCUUAUUACCUGUCUGUUGGAUAGUGUAGGGAGAGGUGACAUGUAAAUCACUUCUGAGAGUUAAAAGGUUUAAAAACGGAAACAAUUAUUCAGCAUUAUUCUUAUUGCUCAUAAAGUCUUGACCAUUCUCUAUAGUCUGACUUGGUAGAUUCUUUCUGAAACCCAAGUUUUAUUCUUGAUUAAAUAUUUUGAACGAUGUUUUCUUUUCUUUAGUCUAUUUGUUUGUUUUUUGUUCUUCAAAAUAUGCCUUAUUUAUUUUCCAUAUGUAUUUUACUUAAAACAAUACUGUUCUUGAAAUAAUUCCUAAUAAAAGCUCUCAUAAGUAAAAACACUUAUGCCUCAGUCAACUGUCACCUUAGAAAUUGACCUAUCUGGAUCUUGAAGACGUAGGAAUAAUGUUACUGCGAUUAUUUCUUAGGACAUUUUCCCUGACAAAGCAACAGAGAGGAAAAUCCUCUCUCUGACAAUCAGAUGUCCAAGUGAUGGCUGUGAAUGGAAUGGGGAGCUGAGGAGCAAGGAGGUAAAAAACUGACACAUUUAUUGGAAUGUUAAUCAGCCUAAACGUUUUGUAAUGAAGCUAACUCCCCUUCUCAAAAUAUAACUCUAGCACCGACGUGGUGAAAAGUAGACAGGGAGACACUGUGGUUAGUAUUCCUAACCAGGGGAGAGUAGAUUUCUGUAAGUCAAUAAGUUUUAAAUGAAACUCUCUGUUAUGCUUUUUUUGUUGAACAGGUCCACUUGGAAUCUUGUCCUUUUCACCAAGUGGCUUGUACCAACAAAAACUGUGGCAAAAUAGUCCAAAGGAGACAUCUAAAACAACACGAAAAUAAUGAGUGUCUAUGGAGAAUCCUUCAAUGCAUUCACUGUUUUGAACCCCACCCAGAGUGUCUAAUGGAGGUGGGUACUAUGAUAGUCAUAGAAUUCACGUUUUCACUUUUUUGAUAAAUUGGAUUAUCCUCGAAGAGGAGCUUCAAGUCAACAUUUCUAUGUACCGACCGCACGAGCCUUUAGGCCGAGUAAGAAAUAAACUUUGUAACUAAGAAAAAAAAUAAACCUCACAAACAUGAGUCCCGACAGGGUUGUAAAAAAAGCAGGGGAUCUGACAAGAGGUAAAAAUUAAAUUCCAAAAAUGUUUUCAAUAUUUAUUUCUGUAGGAUCAUGUCACAAGGUGCCCCGAGUUUCCACUAACUUGUCCGAACCACUGUGGUUGUACGAUUCCCAGAGAAAUGGUGAGACUUUUAAUUGUAUCUUUAUGCACACAACUUUUAUAAAAGGGAGAAAGGUUACCAAAGCGUUAUAGGGAACUUUUUUCUUUCUUUUUCCAAAUUUUUUUUUCAGCAGAACAACAAAAUUAAUUUAUCAUUUACCUCGCAGUCUUUUUUCAAGUGGUGCAUGAGCGACAUCAUAUGAAAGGAACGGAUACUAUCACACUUUGUUUUCCGAAAGCAAUUCACACAUCUACGGUAGAAGAGAGGAUUGCUAUCCCUUCUCUUAACAUGUUUAUUCCUUUCUUUGACAUGAUUCAGGUUUCAACUCACAUUGAAGACAAGUGUCGGCUAACGUGGAUUUCCUGUCCAUAUACACCGAUGGGUUGUAAGCAAAAGGUGAGAACAUCAUAGUUGAGCCUUCAUGAAUUCAUGUCACUAAUUGUAAAAAUCCAAUAACAAAAAUCAAAUGCUAGCAAAGUGAAUUCACGAAAUGCAUUCUUGUUUUCUUGCCAUCAUGCUGAGUUUUGCAGUUCGAAGCAUAGUUAAUAAAAAUGCUUAUUCCUUGUUAGAGAAGAAAUUCCUAGAGUUUCUAAUUAGUGUAAGACGUUUAAAGGUAUCUAUGGAAGCAGGAAAUCUUGAACCGAAAACCGAUCACAGUAUUCACUUCUUGCACGCUCGCGGAUAAAAAAACAAGAACAAGCGCUCAGCAGAUGUCUUAAAUGGUGUUCCCUGCGCUCGGUUUUGAAAGCAAAGGUUCUGCUAAAAUGAAAUAUUUUUCAGUUUCUGAAACGUUUGAGCCUAAAUCUGAAUAUGACAAAAAAGUCCAAAGAAAGCAGUCGUGAAAAGUAACCACUUCACAAUCCCCUUCCCACGCCAUUUUUUUGUUUUCAAACCUUAAAGGCUACCUUAUUCCCGAGGAUACUAUUCUUGAAUUAAAGUUGCUCCACUAGAAAAUUUCGGCUGGACUCGGUACUUGACCCAUCCUCGGGUACCCGGUGGCUGUGAGUCGAUUUCAAGUCAGGGCGGAAAAGCCCCCGGGUACACUGUCUUACAAGACUAGUUCCAAACGGUCGCAGUCGUUCUGGCAUCUGAUUGGCGCUAGAAAAUCUCUGUGUUUUUCUGCCCAAUCAGAGUGAAGUAUGCUUUAGAGUCCCUUCGUGUGUUUUAACACGUAGAUGUGCAGGAAGCUCAGUUGCUCGCCUUGUUUGUUUGGGCCGUGUGACGAAGCUUUGCUUGAUGUGAAAAGUUUCAGUCUCAGCACACAAUGUAAGAGAAAUCGAUUAGAUUGUCCGCGAAAACCUUACCAGAAAUUAUACUGAAUACUUUCGCAAGUAUCACAGGUAUUUCGUCGUACGGGCCACGCAGGUAUGUCGAGCAACUGGCGCUUACGCUCACGUAGCUUUCUGUGCGCGCCAAAAUCUAACCUUCACACGGUAGUAAAGUCUUUCACAAUAUGGCCAAGGUUACAGAGAAUGUUAAGUUCGUGGACGACCUCCAGUAAGCGCCUAGAGAAAGCUUGGCUGUGUUUCCGGUUAGCGAAUUAAAGUCUGAACAAAAACUCGAGAACAUUGUGGGAAGGAGAGAUGUUUUUGGACAUUAACCGACGGGGUUUGGAAAGAGCUUAAUCUUUUCAACUGCUGCCCUGACAAAGGCAUACCAUUUUUUUUUGUUGGAGUCUGUCUCCUCCCAGUUACAAGCCAUGAUGUUUGUUCCAUGACAAGUGUCGCAAACUGCACGCGGAAGACCAUCGUCUGGUUGAACUUUUUGAUUGAAAACUUCAAAUAUUUUCAUAAACUCACCAUUAAGGUUCCUUUGUCUCUUAAUUUUGAUAAAAACGAAAGAGCAUACUCGACAACGGUCUGAAACAUUUCCACUCGGAUUAUUCACGCUCAUCGUAAAAAAAACCCUGAACCUUCCCUAAACAACUUGUCGAAGGAGAUAUGAUUUUGGUGCGCACAGAAAGCCACGUGAGCGUAAGCGCCAGUUGCUCGACAUACCUGCGUGGCCCGUGCGACGAAAUAAUUUCACGGGAUUGGCAAAGUUUCAGUCACAGCACAUUGUGCGAGAAAUCUAGAAAGACUUAUGUCCGAACGCACUGGACUGACAAAAUUUGUCUGGCCCCACCAAAAAACCCGACAAAAUUUGUCUCUGUCAAAUUUUCAAUUUGUCAAGCGUGGAUGCACUGAGACACAGUAAAAUAUUUGUUAACCACACGUGUCAAUCACUUGAGACAAGAGCCUCCAUUGCAACGUUCGAAGAAUUUUCGGAUCUACCAAAUAGAGCAGGCGCCAUCGAUGGGACACAAAAAAAUAAGGCUCCAAAAGAAAGCGCUGUCGACUACUUUAACUGAUAUAAAUUGAACAUUACUUGGCCCUGGAGAUGCAGCUGGAACGUAAACUUGGGAACCGUAAUAGUUGUAUUCUGAGUAAGGAUCGUUAUGCAGCAUACCGAGGCACGAAUCUGCCACCUUCACCGUUUGAUUGCCGCGCACCUAAGAAAUAAUUUCGGUGGGCUUCGGAUUGAAAUACUCUGACUGAAAGUAGAGAUAAAAUUUUCUUGAUUGACAUGUUCCUUCAAAUCAUGGCAUAUAAAUUGACAAAUCUGUCAGAUUUCACGCCUGACAAAAAUUUGUCCUGCUCCGAGGCAGGACGACGGCGUCUCUGAAGUUUGGUAAGCCUUGACAAAAUUUGGUAGGUCUAAAAAAUAACCGGGCGCACUUGUCUUAGGGAACUGGUGACAGAUUUUUUCGCAGAAUAAACAAAAAUUUGCCCAGUGCGCCCGGGCCCUUAAGCUUACAUCUCGUCUAAAGUUUAAAGCGACAUAUUGACGCCUGCAACCAUAAUGUUUUAUACGAACCUCGCAAACUUUUAAAUACGUUCUCUUGUGAUACCUACGAAGGUAUUCAGUAUAAUUUCUGGUAAGAUUUUCGCGGACAAUCUAAUCGAUUUCUCUUACAUAGUGUGCUGAGACUGAAACUUUUCACCUCGAGCAAAGCUUCGUCGCACGGCCCAAACAAACAAGGCGUGCAACUAAGCUUCUUGUGCAUCCCCAUGUUAAAACAGACGAAAGAACUCUAAAGCACACUUCACUCUGAUUGUGACUGCAACCGUUUGGAACUAGUCUUGUAAGACAAUGUCCCUAGAGGCUCUUCCACCCUGACUUGAAAUCGACUCACAGCCCCUGGGUCUCCGAGGAUGCACUUGGCCGUGCGCGAUUUUGAACAUCCGAAGAACAAGUCCUGAAGGACAACCAGCAACAGCGCUGUUGUUCUAAUAAGUCGUCAUAACACUUCAUCUCCAUACAUUUGAGUUUUUGAAGUCCACAAGUUCUGAUAUCGCUAUUAAACAAGAGCUCUGUGUCUGUUUAUGCAAACGACCUAUAAAACUGUCUUGAGAAGGCUUAACUUUUCAUGUAGGUUCAACGCCAGGAAGUGGAGUCUCAUCUCGAAUCAGCCACAAGAGUCCAUCUUGAUUUCGCUUGUGUUAAGCUAAAUAAGAUAGAAGAUGAAUUGAAUGAAGCAAAGAACAAAUCGAAGAAGAUAGAGGAUAAGUACGACAACGCAGUGGCUUUGUUAAAUGAGACAAUGGCUGCUUUGAAAAACGCCGUGGGACUGCUACAGCUGUCAAACGUAAAACAUACAAACAUGUUUCUUUGGAGGAUCGACGGUUUCAGUGAUAUUUUGGAAAAGGCAAAGAACGAGGGUAAAGAGAAGAUAUACAGUGAUCCGUUGUACACCAAAACUGAAACAGAUGGUUAUGGGUACAAAUUAAAAGUACUCAUUUGCCCUGAUGGGAUUGGAGAUGCAAAGAAUACUCACCUGUCGGUAUAUAUUAUUAUAAUGAAAGGUGAAUAUGACGCAAUAUUACCUUGGCAUUUCAAUAAGAAAGUGAAGUUCACAUUGAUUGAUCAACAGGAUGAACCAGGCAAAAGAUAUAACAAAACUGCAGAGCUCAUAGGAGAGAAUAUCCCGAGCUUUACUAGGCCUACAACAGAAGAAAACAUAGGAAUAGGUUUUAAUUGUUUCAUAUCUCAUGAGGAACUUAAAUCGCAGCACUACAUUGUGGAUGACACUUUGUUUCUACAGGUCGAGAUUAGGUCGCCAUCUAAUUGAUUCCGUGCUCUAGCCUUAGAGGCAAAAAAAGAAUUACGGAGCUAGAUUCUCAAGUUGACUUUGAUAAAGGUUCAAUGUUUCAGAGAAAUUUUGAAACAGGCAAAGAAUGAGGAAAAAGAGAAAAUAAACAAUGAUCCAUUCUACACCAAAACUGAAACAGAUGGUUUUGGACACAAAUUAAAAGUACUCAUUUCCUUUGUUUCUUCAGGUUGAGAUUAGUUCGCAAUCGAGUUAAUUCCGCACUGCAGCCUCAAAAGUAAAAUAUCAAUAAUGAAAGAGUCAGCUUCUCGACAUGACUGUGACAAAUUGCAUGACGGAUUGGCUCUAGUAAGUCUUUACAUCUUGUGACCAACCUGCGAAACUAUGGCCAAGUGAGCUCUCUGAGCUGAAAUAAAAUCCAGGAGGAGCCAACUUUAUAAUUUGAUCGAAGACCGCAUGCCUUCAGAGCUCGAAUCACUGACUGUUCAGGUUAAUGAGCAUACUUCAUAAACCAAUUAGGGGAGUAUGGAGGUGGCCUUUCCCGCCCUGUUG